AUGUCAGAAUACUACGUACCGACCAGUUCAAGCGACUGGGAAUCUCUAAUUGAGGAACCCAUCAUUUGUUUCAAUACUGAUUGUAACUAUCCCUUUGGCUCAGCAUGUAAAGAUUGUGCCAUCGAAUUUGAAGCUCGAGCUAUUGCGAAAGAAAAAGUCAAAAGAGAUGCUGAGAAUAGAGUUGACAGGGCUGCAGCACAGAAACUCAUGGAUAUGAAAUAUCAAGUAGGUAGACGCAGUGAAGAUGUUUCCCAAAGAGUUGCUGAUAUUGUGGAUGAUCUUCAGGCUAUCUUUGCAUUUACUCAACCUAAGCCACAGGAACCAGGUGAGCUGACCUGGAGGAAUUUACAAAUUCAUGGUGCUACACCUGCACCACUCAAAUUAAUGGAACAGUCGAUGUUAAGCUUUGGAGAUCCAAGCUCAGAUAACAAUCAUACUGAUAGCAAGAGGCUUAACUCUUGGCUCAGUAAACUCCUUAAAAGGACACUUGAUGGAUUUCUACUUAACUCUCCUUUCACUGGAGGUGCAGAUGCAGAAGAUUCAAAGGAGGUUUAUUGUCCAUAUUGUUCUUUAUCAACGGGUGAAGGAGCGUGGAGAGAAUUGCACAUCAUGAAGUGCAAGUAUGCUCACGACGAAGCCAAGAAAUUAGAAAUCGCGAAGGAAGAGUGGUCGAAAAGGAGGAAUUGUUAG